AUGACCAGAUUAUACGGAGAUGUGUCCCUAAUGAAGAAGUCACUGGAAUUUUGGAUGCUCAUUACUCUUGGGCAUGUGGUGGACAUUUUGGUGCUAAAAAGACUUCUAGGAAGAUUUUGGAAGCAGGGUUCUACUGGCCAACACUCUUUAAAGAUGCCUACAAUUACUGCAAAGUGUGUGAUAAGUGCCAGCGUUUUGGUGGAAAUAGUAGAAGACAUGAGAUGCCUCAAGUUCCAAUGCUUUUCUGUGAAAUAUUUGAUGUGUGGGGGAUAUUUUAUGGGGCCAUUCCCUCCAUCUUUUGGUUAUCAUUAUAUACUAUUAGCUGUGGAUUAUGUUUCAAGAUGGGUGGAAGCAAUACCAACAAAAAAGGAUGAUGCAGCCACUGUUGCCAAGUUCAUUAAGUCUCAUAUAUUUUCCAGAUUUAGUAUUCCUAGAGCCAUGGUUAGUGACAGAGGGACACGCUUUUGUAAUAGGUUGUUGGAUGGUCUUUUUGCUAAAUAUGGAGUAACUCACAAGAUGUCCAUAGCUUAUCACCCUCAAACUAAUGGCCAAACAGAAAUUUUAAAUAGGGAAAUUAAACAGAUUCUUGAAAAGAUUGUGAGACCAACAAGGAGGGAUUCGAGUGUUAAAUUAGAAGAAGCUUUAUGGGCAUAUAGGACAGCUUUCAAGACCCCAAUUGGUAUGUCUCCUUAUAGGCUAGUAUAUGGAAAAGCAUGCCACUUACCUGUAGAACUUGAACAUAAAGCUUAUUGGGCUGUAAAAAUCUGCAAUAUGGACAUGGAAGCUACUGUAAUUGAAAGAAAAAUGCAGAUACAAGAGUUAGAAGAAAUUAGACUUGAGGCAUAUGAGAAUUCAAGGAUGUAUAAGGAAAAGACAAAGCUCAUUCAUGAUAAAGGCAUCUUAAGGAAACAUUUUAAGGAGGGUGAUCGUGUUCUCUUAUUCAGGGCCAGAUUCAAGUUUAAACAAGGGAAGCUCAAUACAAGAUGGGAUGGUCCAUAUAUAGUUACCAAAGUGCAUGAUUUUGGCAUGUUGGAACUUCUGGAUGAGCAAAAUGGUUGCACAUUGAAGGUCAAUGGACAUUUGCUUAAACUCUGA